AUGUCCCACGUUGAUUUAGAGCAAGGAUCUCACCGCCGUGACGUAAGCGCCGACGGCAGCGUCUGCUUCUCCGACGCAGACGACGGGUCGUGUUACUCUCAGUUCUACUCAACAAAUGGCGGGUCAUACGACGAGUACAAUUUUGCCUUCGUCUCUGAUCCUGAGGCAGAGGUGGUCUCAGAUUCCAGGAGAGCCUCUUCGGUUUCGGACGGUUCGGUCCAGCUCGAAAUUGAGAUUGGGGUGCCUGAAAUUAAGGUGCAUUUGGAUAAAGUAGAGAGAGAUUGUAGGAUUUGUCAGCUGGGUUUGGAGAGCAAUAGCCAUGAAUCUGGGGUUCCUAUUGAAUUGGGUUGUUCUUGCAAGGAUGAUUUGGCUGCUGCCCACAAGCACUGCGCUGAUACUUGGUUCAAAAUUAAGGGUAACAAGACCUGUGAGAUAUGCCAGUCAGUUGCACGCAAUGUUGUUGGUCCAAAUGACAUUGAGUUUACUGAGCAGUUGAGUGAAGCCAAUAGUGCAUCAACAACAGCUGCAGUCUCAGCACCAGGGCCCUCCACGGAUACUCAAAGCUUCUGGCAUGGCCAUCGGUUCCUCAACUUCCUUCUUGCUUGUAUGGUAUUUGCUUUUGUCAUAUCAUGGCUCUUUCACUUCAACGUUCCGUCAUGA